CAGAAAGUGCGCGAGAUAGCCGGAAAUCUUUUUGGAAUACCUCUGAGUUUUACCUUCGAUGUACAUUGAGACAGCAAACGGAAGCUUCCGAAUUUCUAAUAUUCUCUACUUUCACCUUUGAAGUUCACGGUUUUGAACUGCCAACAAACUUCUGAAGAAGUAGCCAGAUGGAUCAUGAAAUUUUGGCACCAGUGUCUGCUCAAGGUGAGCGUUUAAAAGGUUAUCCUAUACAGAUUGUAGAAGCAGGAGAACACACCUUUAAGCUAAAUGAGGAAGCUUUAGAGAGAGUAUUGUUAAAUCCUGAGAUACAGGACAAGAAAGUUGCUGUAGUUUCUGUGGCUGGGGCAUUUAGAAAAGGAAAAUCAUUUCUCCUAGACUUCUUUCUUAGAUACCUGAAUGCAAAAGGUGAUCCUGAUUGGCUUGGAGAUGAUGAAUCACCUUUAGAGGGAUUUUCUUGGAGAGGAGGCUCAGAGAGAGAAACAACAGGAAUAUUAUUAUGGAGUGAACCCUUUGUAUGUAAAACAUCUUCUGGAGAAGAGAUUGUUGUAUUACUCAUGGACACCCAAGGAGCGUUUGACAGUGAGUCUACAGUUAGAGAUUGUGCCACCGUGUUUGCCCUUAGUACCAUGAUUAGUUCUGUACAGGUUUACAAUAUAACACAGAAUAUACAGGAAGAUGAUUUGCAACAUUUACAGCUGUUUACAGAGUAUGGAAGACUUGCUCUAGAAGCAAACGACAAUAUAUCAAAACCAUUUCAGUGUUUAGAAUUUUUGGUGAGGGACUGGAGUUUUCCUUAUGAAGCAGAUUAUGGGGCUGCUGGAGGAAGAAAAAUACUCGAAAGAAGAUUGCAAAUUUCAGAUAAGCAACAUAACGAGUUACAACAAUUGAGAUCACACAUCAAAUCUUGUUUUGAAAAUAUUGGUUGUUUCUUAAUGCCACAUCCUGGUCUUAAAGUUGCCACAAAUCCUAAAUUUGAUGGAAGGCUGAAAGAUAUUGAACCUGAUUUUAAAGACAAACUUCAGAUAUUAGUGCCAUUGCUGUUGGAUGAAGAUAACUUGAAAAUAAAAGAAAUGAAUGGACAAAAGAUUACCUGUAGAGAACUUGUAGAAUAUUUCAAGGCUUAUAUCAAAAUUUAUCAAGGAGAAGAAUUACCUGAGCCCAAAUCUAUGUUGCUGGCAACAGCAGAGGCCAAUAAUCUAGCAGCUGUUUCAAGUUCAAAGAGUCGGUAUACCAAAGAAAUGGAAAAGAUAUGUGGUGGUGAUAAACCUUACUUACAUGCAGAGCAGCUAGAACGUGAACAUAUUAGAUGCCUUACAAUUGCCAUGGAUUUGUUUGACGCCACCAAGAAAAUGGGUGGGCAGGAAUUCAGUUCAAUAUAUAAAGAACAAUUACAGAAAGACAUUGAAGAGGCCAAUGAUAGUUUUAAAAGUCAUAAUGAAGGAAAAAAUAUUUUCAGUUCUGCACGGACACCAGCUGUGUUGUUCUCUGUGAUGGCAAUUGCAUAUUUUCUGUCAGGAUUUUUUGGAAUUAUAGGAAUGGAAUCAUUUGCCAGCCUGAUGAACUGGGCCCUUGGAAUUUUCUUGAUUCUGUUGAUAACAUGGAUAUAUUGUAGAUACAGCGGAGAUCAUGCAUCAAUAGGACAACAUAUUGACCAAGUUGCCAAUGUUAUUUGGGACAAGGCGUUAAUGCAAAUUUAUACACAAGCAGUACAGCAUGGUGUUAAACAGACAGCGAAACAAGCAGUACGACAGAAUUCAAGACCUAAAAGUGACUGAAAUUUUUUAUAGACUUGUUUUAUACAAUACUUUAUACAGAUGUAAUAGAUGGUGAAUGGUUUUAUAACGAUACCAGUUGAUUAAAUUAAUAGUACUAAGUUAGUCAGAAUACUCUCAGGUGUAUAAUUUUAUCAGUUUGAUUCAGAGAUAUUUUCACAAAGUAUCAUUCAAUUCAGCUACCAUUAUCAGAAUUUGUAUAUGAUGGUGGAAUCUUUUGAAAUGUUGAAUGAUAAGUUUUGUCUAUUUGUGAGGAUAUUUUCUAGUUUUGAAAGUUGUUUUUCAAAUAAAAACUAAACUUAAGGAAAUUAAUUUAGAACUUUUUAAUUAAAAGUUAUUGGGAUUGCUUAAGGUAGCACAAUACAAAGAUUUUUUUAACUUCCAAUCACUAACCUUUGAAAUGCUGUAACUUUCUUAUGAAUGCAUAGAAAAUAAUAAAAGAGGAAUAUAUAUAUAGAUAAAAGAUUAAUCUUUUAAAUUAAUGCAAUCUUUUUAUUAUGCAAUCAUUAUGUAAUCAAUUAUUAUAUAAUUAGUUGCAAAAUCUGGCUAAGUUCACUUGAAUGAAUUUAGCUCUGUCAUCUCUUUAACUGUACAGAAAAUUUCAACGAAAUCUUAAUCAACACAUCAUGGGCUUCAAAAGGGUGUCUCAGAUUGUCUCUAUGGUAUUUCAUUCGCUCAUAAAUCUCUAGUUAGUGUAAACAUCCUAACCACAUAAAAGAAGAUUAUGUUUAAUUAGGUGUAAAAUUUGUUCUAUACAUUCUAUCGAAAAUCUGAGACACCCUUUUGUAGAUAAUGACCAUAGUAACAACAUAUAAUAAAAUCAACCCUCUAGGGAUACCUAUGCAGAAGCUAAUUUCAUUUGAAAGUGGAAAUUUGGUGAAAAAUAUUUUAGACACAGUUAACAUUAUAAUUGGUUACAUAAUUGUUGCAUAAUACUAACAUUGCAUUAAUUUGAAAGAGUAAUCUGUUAGCUAUCCAAAACUACCACUUUUAUAAAUUUUCAAGCAUUAUUAAGAAAGUUACAGCAUUUUAAAACUUGGGAGUUGGAGUUAUAAAAUCUUUGUAUUGUGCUACCUUAAAGAACAAAAAAGAUAUAACAUGUAUAUAUUAUGGGUUGAAUUUUAAAAGCAUUCUGACGCUUCUUUUUUUUUUCUUAAUAACCUCACCUAGCUUAAUUAUUUGUUAUAUAUGUUUAACACAGCCUAUUUAUAGGGUUGUAAUAUGUGAUUUAAUUCAAAUUUUAUUUUUGUAAAUCUACUAUUCAUUGUCAUUUUGUUUCCUUGAAAUACAGACUUUUGUGUAUUUAAAUUGUAAAUAUUGAUUUUUGUAAUUUAUUUAGUAUAAGAAAAAUCACUUAAAAUAGUUAAUAUGUUCAUUUUCAUAUCAUUCUCCUUUUUUUUUAUGAAAAUGGAAAGAACAGAUUGAUGAAAGAAAAGUUGUUUUGAAUUAUUUGAUAACAGUAACUUUAUAUUGGUUAGUACUUAUUCAACAAGACUAGUAUCACUAAGACAGAAUGAAAUUGAAAAUGCAUUAUUUCGAUGGCCAAAAAUAAAUAUAUUGUUUUUCCUUUCACCAACUUGAAAUAUCAGUUUGUAGGUAGAACAAUUUUAUGUUUUCCAAAAUUUCUUUCUUUGAACCUUUUGUAAAUAUGAAAUGUGAAAACAAAGUGAAGUUUGAAGGGUUUUACACAUUUUAUUUAUUAGAUAAUAACUGGAAGUUCAGACAUAAUAUAUUAGAAUGUUUUGAGAACCAAAAAUCACAGAGCAGGUACUUGCAUUUGGUUUUAUGUGAAGACAUUCACACAUUUCUCGUUAUAACAAUUAAUUUAGCUUCUUUGUAUAUGUUAUUCCAAGCCUUUUCUAUGAUGUUAUGUUUUCUUUUUAAUAACAUAUAUUAAAUUGAUAUGGGUCUCCAGCAAUAUCAUAUAAAGUGCUUAUAUAUAAACUCUCACCUUAGAGCUUCAUGACUUGGUGCUAUAAUUUGUGUGAAUAACCAUAUAUAAUUCAGCAUUUGUAGAUUAAUUGUAAGAUAAUCAUUUUUAAACAUGUAGCAUCUUUUUCUCAAACUAUAAGCAAAGGUCAACUGUAUUUGGCUGUGUUUAGCUGAUCUGGACUUUUUCUCUGUAGAUGAUAAAUGUUAAGUUUCUGUGGUACCGAAGUAAAACCAAAGGAUUAAUUUCUCAAAAAAUCUGACCAUUUCAGUAUACUGUGGAUUCAUUAUUAUUCGUUAGAUACCAAUUUUCGUGGAUUUCAUGGGCACAGUCAAACCACGAAAUUAAAUAUUCAACGAAUGACAAUUUUUCUAUAGGUUUGUAUGCAGACUUCAGCAAAACCACGUAAUUAAAUAUCCACGAAUAUGAAGUUUUUCUUAAUCCAUGAAAAUUGCUACCCACGAAAAUAAAUGAUUCCACAGUAACUUGCAAUCAAUUUUUGGUCUAAUAUUUUUUGUGAAAAAGCCAACAAUUUUUACUAUGUAAAAUUCAGACAUGAUCAGUAAAGCAGGCAAGACUUUAUGUGUGUACUUUCUUAAUUAAAAAAAUACACAUUAAUAAAAAAUAAGAUAGAAUUUAUGUGUUUGUAUCCUAGCAGUUGCUUUUCUAUGGGCAUUACAAUUGAAAAAGAUAAACAUGCAUUGAG